AUGUCAGAUUAUUAUGACAAUAUGGAUAUGCAAGAUUUAUCUGACGCCGACUUGAUGUCGGAAAUGCCUCUUAUUGAUGACGAUGAGGGGGAAAUUACGCCAGAUUUAUGGCAAGAGGCCUGUUGGCUCGUAAUAAGCAGCUACUUCGAAGAAAAGGGAUUAGUACGACAACAGCUCGAUUCUUUUGAUGAGUUUAUUCAAACAUCUAUUCAAAAAAUUGUCGAAGAUUCGCCUGAUAUUGAGUUUCAAGCGGAAGCUCAGUAUUCUGGUGGUGUAAUGGAUAAACCUACCCAAUUCAAACUCUCUUUCGAACAGAUAUAUCUCAGUAAAGCAACACAUUGGGAAAAAGACGGAACAUCUUGUCCAAUGACUCCUAGUGAUGCUCGUCUUCGGAAUCUUACUUACGCUGCUCCUCUCUAUGUUGACAUUAAAAAGACUAUUAUUUCCUCUCAUGGGAAGAAUGAAACAAAAUGUGACAAGAAAUUCAUCGGCAAAAUCCCAAUUAUGUUAAAGUCAAGCUAUUGCUUCCUUAAUAAUAUGGGUGAUCGUGACUUGGCCGAGCUAAAUGAAUGUCCUCUUGAUCCAGGUGGUUAUUUCAUUAUCAACGGAUCUGAAAAGGUGUUAAUCGCUCAAGAGAAGAUGGCAACAAACACGGUUUAUGUCUUCCAACAGAAGGACAGCAAAUAUGCCUAUAAGACUGAAAUUCGUUCCUGUUUGGAGCAUAGCUCUCGUCCGGCUAGCACACUUUGGGUUAACAUGAUGGCUCGCGGAGGUAAGGACAAUAACAAGAGAGCCACAAUCGGUCAAAGAAUUGUUGCCAUCUUGCCUUACAUUAAACAGGAGAUUCCUGUUCUUAUUGUUUUCCGUGCACUCGGUUUUGUGGCAGAUCGUGAUAUUCUCGAGCACAUCAUCUACGAUUUCGAGGAUAAUGAAAUGCGUGAAAUGAUCAAACCUUCUCUGGAUGAAGCUUUCUGCAUUCAAGAUCAAAGAGUAGCCCAAAAUUUCAUCGGAUCACGUGGUGCUAGACCAGGUGUAACCAAGGAGAAGCGUAUCAAAUAUGCCAGGGAGAUCCUUCAAAAGGAAACACUUCCCCAUAUUGGUGUUUCGGAUUUCUGUGACACUCGAAAGGCCUAUUUCCUUGGUUACAUGGUACAUCGUCUUCUCCUAACUGCCCUCAAAAGACGAGACGUUGAUGACAGAGAUCAUUAUGGAAAUAAGCGUCUUGAUUUGGCUGGUCCUUUGCUUGCUUUCCUCUUUCGUGGACUUUUCCGUAACCUUACAAAAGAGAUACGUCUCUACGCCCAAAAAUUUGUCGAUAAGGGAAAGGAUUUCGGCCUUGAGAGUGCAAUUCGGAGUGGUAUUAUUACCGAUGGUUUGAAGUACUCUCUAGCCACUGGUAAUUGGGGUGAUCAAAAGAAGGCUAAUCAGGCUCGACCUGGUGUUUCUCAAGUUUUGAACCGUUUGACAUUUGCGUCUACUUUGUCCCAUCUUCGUCGAUUGAAUUCCCCUAUCGGAAGAGAUGGAAAGUUAGCUAGACCUCGCCAGUUGCACAACACUCUCUGGGGUAUGAUCUGCCCAGCAGAAACUCCAGAAGGUUCCGCAGUUGGCUUGGUGAAAAAUCUUGCCCUCAUGGCAUACAUUUCUGUCGGUAGUCAACCCUCACCUAUUUUGGAAUUCCUUGAAGAGUGGAGUAUGGAAAAUCUGGAAGAGGUUGCACCUUCUGCUAUUGGAAAAUCCUGUAAAAUAUUUGUCAAUGGUUGCUGGGUUGGAAUUCACAAUUCGCCUGAUAACCUCAUGGUGACUUUGAGAAAACUUCGACGACAAGUCGAUGUCAUUGUGAGUGAGGUUAGUAUGGUCAGGGAUUAUCGUGAUCAGGAAAUUCGUAUCUAUACUGAUGCGGGUCGUAUCUGUCGUCCUUUGAUUAUUGUGGAGAAGGGUAAUCUUAUGUUGAAGAAAAAGCAUAUUAAAUAUCUGACGGAUACACAUCUCAGUCGAUUUGGCUGGCAAGAACUCGUUUUGAGUGGUGUUGUGGAAUACAUUGAUACAAUGGAGGAAGAAACCACCAUGAUUGCCAUGGGCCCUUCAGAAAUGCAAGCGGCUGUGCACUAUUGUAAAACCCACACUCACUGUGAAAUUCAUCCAAGUAUGAUCUUGGGUAUUUGCGCCAGUAUUAUCCCCUUCUGUGAUCACAACCAGUCCCCUCGUAAUACCUAUCAGAGUGCUAUGGGCAAACAGGCUAUGGGUGUGUAUAUUACAAAUUUCCACACUCGAAUGGAUACCCUGUCCAAUGUUCUAUACUAUCCCCAAAAACCUCUUGUUACAACUCGUUCUAUGGAGUAUCUACGUUUCCGUGAGUUGCCCGCUGGUAUUAAUGCAAUUGUGGCCAUUGCAUGCUACACUGGAUACAAUCAAGAAGACUCCUUGGUUGUUAACGAGAGUGCUAUUCAACGAGGUUUCUUCCGGUCUGAGUUCUAUCGAACCUAUAAGGAUCAAGAAGGCAAAUUUGGAUCAAGACAAACAGAGAGGUUUGAAAAACCAAAUCCUAACGAGUGUGCUGGCAUUAAACGUGCCGUGUACGACAAGCUGGAUGAAGAUGGUCUUAUUCCUCCUGGAAUGCGGGUUUCUGGUGACGAUGUUCUGAUUGGAAAGACGCUUGAAAUCCUUGACCAAGAUGAGGAGACUCAAGUUGGAGAUAAGCGCUUCACUAAACGUGACGCUUCAGUAUUUAUGCGUCGUAGUGAAUACGGCAUAGUUGAUCAAGUGAUGCUGACUUACAAUAACGAGGGCAAUCUGUUCUGUAAAGUGCGGGUUCGAACUACUAAGACACCACAAGUGGGUGACAAAUUUGCCUCCCGCCACGGUCAAAAGGGUACCUGUGGUAUUCUCCUUCGUCAAGAGGAUAUGCCCUUCACUUGUGAAGGUAUCACUCCAGACAUUAUUAUCAAUCCUCACGCUAUCCCCAGUCGUAUGACUAUCGGUCACUUGAUUGAGUGCCUUCAAGGCAAAGUUAGUGCUAAUAAGGGCGAAAUUGGUGAUGCCACUCCUUUCAACGAUACCGUUAAUGUUCGUAAAAUCUCCAAUCUUCUUCGAGAGUACGGUUAUAUGCACACCGGGAAUGAAAUUAUGUAUAACGGUUUCACCGGAAGAAAGCUCAACUCCCAAAUCUUCUUGGGUCCUACUUAUUAUCAGCGAUUGAAGCAUAUGGUUGAUGAUAAAAUCCACUCCCGUUCUCGUGGCCCAGUGCAAAUCCUCAAUCGUCAACCAAUGGAAGGCCGUUCAAGAGAUGGUGGUCUACGUUUCGGUGAAAUGGAGCGUGAUUGUCAGAUUGCUCAUGGUGCAGCGCAGUUCCUUAGAGAGAGACUCUUUUUUGCUAGUGAUCCUUAUCAGGUGUAUGUAUGUAACCUCUGUGGUCUAAUGGCUAUCGCCCAUCAAAGAAACAAAACAUUUGAAUGCCCGGCAUGCCAGAAUACGACUCAAAUCUCGCAAGUUGGACUACCAUACGCCUGCAAACUGCUGUUCCAGGAGCUGAUGGCCAUGUCCAUUGCACCGCGUAUGAUGGUUAACGCGAACCCCGACACAUAUUAA